UCUCAAAGCAGGCUUGUGAAUGCAUACAAACUGUGGCUAGUAUCUUACUACAGAAAAUAGAGCCUGCAUCAUGCAUCCUUCUUCCCAUGUUUCAUAAACAAGACCAGGGGAACCUGUUGUAGGGCAACCUGUUGCGAGGGUGUUGGUCCCCAAGAUGCAGCCUUUACAAUCUGCCCCCAAACGUUUCAGAGCAUGAAGUCCAUUCUCCCCUCUGGAACAGGCAGCUUCAGAUCCACCAGCAGAGACACACAGCAGAACAAAAUCUGGGCAUUGGUCUCCGUGUAGGAUGGCUUGCCAUUGUUACUAUUUUUUCUUAGGCAAAGUAAAUGAACAUUUAAUAUCCAUAGUUGGCUGGAUGUCCCUCCACCCACUGCGAGCUCUUUGGUGAAGGGGAAGUCCUCCUCUGUUAGAAGUCUCCCAUGUGGGGCCAUGUCUUCCCUCACCAGGAACCUGCUGGGUGUGCUCCAGCCUCCCUCAACUUGCCUUUUGCAUGGUCGUUGGAGCUAGGGCACACGUCACGCUGAUUCACAUAUUUUUGCCCUUUGUCACGUAUUGAGAAAAAGGAAGGAUGAAUGGACGGUCUUUGAUUGGUGGCGCUGGGGACGCCCGUCAUGGUCCUGUUUGGAAGGACCCUUUUGGAACUAAAGCUGGUGAGGCAGCGCACAGAGGCAUCGACCCGCUAAGCUUGGCCCUGGCAGAUGGGUCUCAGGAACAGGAGCCAGAGGAAGAGAUAGCCAUGGAGGAUAGCCCCGCUAUGGUUAGAGUGGAUAGGGGUGAAAACCAAGUUUCACCGUGUCGAGGGAGAAGGUGCUUCCCCAAAGCUCUUGGCUAUGUCACCGGUGAUAUGAAAGAACUUGCCAACUGGCUUAAAGACAAACCUGUGGUGCUCCAGUUUGUCAACUGGAUUCUUCGGGGCAUAUCCCAAGUGGUGUUCGUCAACAACCCCAUCAGUGGAAUCCUGAUUCUGGUGGGACUUCUUGUUCAGAAUCCCUGGUGGGCUCUCACUGGCUGGCUGGGAACAGUGAUCUCCACUCUGAUGGCCCUUUUGCUCAGCCAGGACAGGUCAUCAAUAGAAUCUGGACUCUAUGGCUACAAUGCUACCCUGGUGGGAAUACUCAUGGCUGUCUUUUCGGACAAGGGAGACUAUUUCUGGUGGUUGUUAUUACCUAUAUGUGCUAUGUCCAUGACUUGCCCAAUUUUCUCAAGCGCAUUGAAUUCCGUGCUCAGCAGAUGGGACCUCCCUGUCUUCACCCUCCCUUUCAACAUGGCAUUGUCAAUGUACCUUUCAGCCACAGGACAUUACAAUCCGUUCUUUCCAGGCAAAUUGGUCAUACCUGUAACUUCACAGCCAAAUAUCUCCUGGUCUGAUCUAAGUGCCCUGGAGUUAUUGAAAUCUAUACCAGUGGGGGUUGGUCAGAUCUACGGCUGUGAUAAUCCGUGGACAGGAGGCAUUUUCCUGGGAGCCAUCCUGCUCUCCUCCCCACUCAUGUGCCUGCAUGCUGCCAUCGGAUCCUUGCUGGGCAUGGCAGCAGGACUCAGUCUUGCAGCCCCAUUUGAGGACAUCUACUUUGGACUCUGGGGUUUCAACAGCUCUCUGGCCUGCAUUGCAAUAGGAGGAAUGUUCAUGGCGCUCACUUGGCAAACCCACGUCCUGGCUCUUGGCUGCGCCCUGUUCACGGCCUAUCUUGGAGUCGGCCUGGCAAACAUAAUGGCUGGGAUUGGAUUGCCAGCUUGUACCUGGCCCUUCUGCUUGGCCACGAUAUUGUUCCUCAUCAUGACCACAAAAAAUCCCAACAUCUACAAGAUGCCCCUCAGUAAAGCUACUUAUCCUGAAGAAAACCGCAUCUUCUACCUGCAAACCAAGAAAAGGAUAGUGGAAAGCCCUUUGUGAGAAUAAGCCCUAUCUGCAGCCAUGGUCACGAGUCAUUUCUGCCUGACUGCUCCAGCUAACUUUCAGGGUCUCAGCAAACUGCUGUUUUUCAUGAAUAUCAACUUUCAUACUAAUGCAUCUGCAAUCUGUUCUUAUGCUCAUUUUGUAUUUUCCUUUCAACUCCAGGAAUAUCCUCAAGCAUAUGAGAGCCACAUCUAGGUGAUGUGCUCUGGUAUGGAGUUGGAAAGCCCAGUUGGGGCUUGGCACUAAGACUGGAACAUAUAUAAAGUCAAAGUGCUCCAACAGAAGGAGGAAGUAAAAACAAACUAUUGUUAUUUAUUGAUAUUCUUGGUGUUUCACUAGCUGGAUGAUGUUAACAGUAUUAAAAAUUAAACCCCAUAAACCAGCUAAGCCUUAUGGAAUUCACAGUCACAAAAUUGAAGUUAAUUCAGAAUUCUGUGAUAAGCAGUUUGGCUUAAAAAAAAAUCAAUGCAAGUUACAAAUUACAGCCUGGGUCAAUAUUGCAGAAGUGCAGGCUGACAGCUGAGCUUGGUCCCCACUUCCUGCAAACAGUGGCCUGCACCCUGUCCCUUGUGUGUAUAGCAUUCUCUCAUGGGACAUAGUUAGAGUUUUUCAGACCGAUGGGACUGCAAGAGGGAGAAAGGAAUUUUGUCCAGCAAAAUUAUUCUGUAUUGCAACUUUUCUUACAGAUUGUAAAGGAUUUUUUAGGUAGAGAUUAUUUUUCCAUAUGAAAAAUGAUCUGUUUUAAAAGAGACAAAAUAGGAGAAGUUCCUGGCGUAACCUGUUCUUAGAUAUUAAAGAAAACUUACAUACUGUAUUUAUAAAAUACUCAGGUAUUUUCACUUUAGCCCCUACAUUGAUUUUGUAAAUGCCACAAAUGCAUAGAAUUGUUACCAACCUCCAAAGGGCUCUUUAAAAUCAUAUUUCUUAUUCAUUUGAGGAUGUCUUAUAAAGACUGAAGGCAAA